GCCAAUCUUCAAACUAAACUUGACAAUUCAUUAUUGGACAUUCUUAAAACAUCAGGAAUAAUCUUUGAAAUAUUAAAUAAUAAUAAAUCACAAUCAAAUUUAUUAACCGGACCCAAUAAUCAAUUAAUAACUCCAACUAUUACUAAUCAGCUACAGCUGCAAAUAUCCAAAUUUGAUGAGAUUUUAGAUGAGACAUUACUGAAGUUUAAUGAUGCUAAAUGGUGUAUUGAGCAAAUGCUUGAGAAUAAGCAGCGACAAGAAGAACUUAAACUCAAAGAGGAAAUGGAAAAACAAAGACGGUUGAAGGAAGAAGAGGAAAGAAAGAUAAAAGAAGAGCAAGAGAGGAUAUUGAGGGAACAAGAAGAAAAGAGAAAGAAGGAAGAAGAAGAAGCUAAAGCGAAAGCUGCCGCGGCUGCUGCUGCUAAGGCAAAAGCAGAAGAAGAAGUUAGACUUAAACGAGAGCAAGCUGAGAGAGAACAGGAACAAGAGAGACAACGACAACAGAAACAAAGGGAAAAUGAAGAACAGAAGAGACAACAAGAAUUACAAAAGCAACAAGAAGAACAAAGAAAACAGCAAGAAGCAGCUGCCCAACAACAACAGCAACAGCAGCAAAAGCAACAGUCCUUCAGUGGAUUUGAUGAGUUCAUAUCUCCAGGAUUUGAUUUGGGUGAAUUACUGAAUACAAAUCAAAAUCCAUCAGAUAUACUAUCUUCUAUGAAUUUUAAUGAUUUGAAUUUAGACAUGCCUACAGGGGCUGGAAGUGGUAAUGAUAACAACGAUGAAGCUAAUGCAUUAGUUGGUGGAUUAGAAAAUAAUGGGGAUGAUAUGGAUUUAGAUAUGAAUAAUUUAUUAGGUACUGAUGAACUGAUCUUAGAUGGAUUGAAUAUGAGUUUAUUAGAUUCAGGAAUGGAUGGUACUAAUAAUGCGCCAAUGCCAAAUGAUGAUGAGUUUGAUGUUGAUAAUUUCUUGAAUCAAUUUGGAGGUAAUGAUUAA